AUGGAAGUUCCGUAUCGGGCAGCAUGGGGCGGGGAUGAACAAGCUCUGGGGCAAUUGUUAAAGAAAUACGCAACAAUCCUCGUCGACGACAAUCCAAGUGGCCGUCAAACUCCCUUACACAUAUCAGCACUGCUAGGUCAUCUUCCAUUCACAGAUGUUCUUCUCCGUCACAAUCACGACCUCGUCUUUAGAGAGGAUUCCUAUCGAAGAACGGCCCUCCACUUGGCUUCUGCAGAGGGUCACAUCGACAUCGUGAAGGAACUGCUUCAAGUUAACAAUCAGCCAUGCUUGGUUCUUCUCAAUCGUAAUAGCGACCUCGCCACUAGAAAGGAUGCUUCUGGAAGAACAGCCCUCCACUUGGCUUCUGUAGAGGAUAACAUGGAGGCCGUGCAGAGACUGCUAGAAUUUAAUGAUGAACCAUGCUUGGCUGCCGAUGGAGAGGAAAGAAUUCCUCUGCACUAUGCAGCUAUGAGGGGGAGGACAGAGUUUGUGGAAGCAUUGACUCUGCAAGCAUUGGUGAAAUUGGACCAUGCCACCGCCAAUGUUACUGUAGGCACGCCUCGUGCCCCCUUCUUUACACUCCCUGAUCAUAUGGGAAACACCAUUCUACAUUUAGCUGUCAUGCACAUGCCAGAUGAGGCAGUGCAUGAUAUGCAGUAUGAUAAGAAAAGCGGAGGUGACGAGCAAGAUUAUAAUAAGCCAUCUCCAUAUAAAGGGUACCGUAUAGCUCAUGAGCAUUAUUAUCUAACAGGAGUGAUGGCAAACCAAGAGAAUGGCCAGGCGUGUGAACAAAUGAACAGAGACCCCAAUGCUGUCUAUCGGGCAGCAUUAUAUGGGGAAGAACCAACUUUGCAGCGAUUGUUAGCUGCAAGACCAACACUCCUUGCCAACAUUCCAGAUCGUGAAACUCCCUUAGACACAUCAGCACGGCUAGGUCAUGUUGGAUUCACACAGAUUCUUCUCAAUCACAAUCACAACCUCGCCAUUAGAAAGGAUUCUUCUGGAAGAACAGCCCUCCACAGUCCACUUGGCUUCUGCAGAGCGUAA